AUGGAAAACCCGCAGAAACACUCACGAAUAUGGCCAAGCCUAGCUAAACACAUAUGCCGCCUCUCUGAUCCCGUUAAGACGCACGAGCUUCGCUCGAUGCUAGAUGUUCAUCCACUUUCCAUGUGCUACGGGUGCAAAGGCACACAUGUGGAGGGCAAAAGGUACUAUUACUAUUGUGAUAAAUGCGAUCUUCAAUUCCAUAGAGGCUGUCACAUUUUUCCGUUGGAGAUGAAACACCCUCUUCACCCCUCUCACCCUCUCACCCUGAUCUCAUUAGAUCCUGAUAUUGAGAUUUCUAAAAUAGCAUAUAAUUACAUUGACAUUUUGUCUGAUAGUGAUAAUGAAUUCGAUGAUGAUGAUGAUCCUGAAGCUUCCCCAUCAUAUAUGCAUCAUGAUAAAUGUAAAUGUUGUCAGAAGCCUUUUGAAAAGGCAUAUUAUCAUUGUUCUCUCUGCAACUUCAGUCUCAAUUUCACUUGUACCAUAAGGCCACCACCUCUUAGUAUCCUACACCCAAAGAGCCACGACCACACUCUUACUCUCUUUUCUAGACGAAUCCCUUUGCCAUGUGAUGCUUGUGGGUUGUCUCUUAAAAGCAUCCAUGAUGUUUACGCUUGUCUUCCUUGUAACUAUAUGGUCCAUAGAAGUUGUAUAACCCUACCUCGUGUCAUUAGGAUUACCCGCCAUCAACACCGUCUCUAUUUCAUUUCUUCUUUUCCUUCUGGUGAUUUUUCUUGCGGAGUUUGUCGCCUCACCAUCGAUGUCAGUUGCGGACACUAUUCUUGCGAUAAAGGAUGUCAUUAUGCGGUCCAUUCUAAAUGUGCAACAAGAAAAGACGUGUGGGACGGCAUAGAUCUCCAAGAAGUGCCUGAAGAGCCAGAAGAAGAUAUUGAGCCAUUCGUGAGGAUUGAUGAAGAGACAAUACAACAUUUUACUCAUGACCAUUACCUAAAACUCCAUGGGAAGGGUAGCCUUCGUGGUAAAAAGAAGUUUUGUGAGGCUUGCUGCUUCCCAAUAUCAGUCUCUGAUGCUUUAUAUGCCUGUAUGCAGUGUGACUUUGUUCUGCACGAGGCAUGUGCAUGUCUUCUACGCGUAAAACAUCACCCGCUACAUAAACACCGACUUAUCCUCCACCAGUCCCUUUCCCCAGCCACCUGGCCUGGGAAUAAUUAUGUGGUUAAAUCGCUAUUUGAGUGCAAUGGUUGUCGCCGAAGAGAUACUGGUUUUGUGUACCGAUGCGACGAAAAGGGUUCAGGGUUGUAG